AUGGGGACUAGAGCAAAUCCUCAAUAUGAAAUGGGGACUAGAGCAAAUCCUCAAUAUGAAAUGAUGACUAUAGCAAAUUCUCAAUAUGAAAUGGGGACUAUAGCAAAUUCUCAAUAUGAAAUGAUGACUAUAGCAAAUUCUCAAAAUGAAAUGAUGACUUUAGCAAAUUCUCAAUAUGAAAUGAUGACUAUAGCAAAUUCUCAAUAUGAAAUGAUGACUUUAGCAAAUUCUCAAUAUGAAAUGGGGACUAAAGCAAAAACCUCAAUAUGA